AAAGUCCUUUUGUACCGUUAAUCGAAAUAAAGUUUUUUUUUAAACAAGUAUUUCGGUGGCAGUAAUUGAACUGGGGGCUCAACCGGGAUCCUUCAGCGUGUCGCGAAACGGGAAACGUGCACCUUCGGCGUCCGAAUUCGAGACAAUCGAGCAGAGUAUCGGCCGGCCGAAAUCACCAGUCAUAGACACGCGAACUUUCAAGUUCUUAGAGGGAUCCACAGCCAGCAACAAUAGAGUGAAGGUACUAAGGAUCAGCAGCAUUGGGCGUCGACCCUAAGUUCCAGAACUCCCGAAAACCUUGACAAUAGAAGCGGUUCAGCUAGGAGAGUGUGCUGCAUCUUUAGCGGCACAACCAGCCUAUCGUAGAAACUAGUGAAGCCGAAGAAAGAAGAAAAGGUAGAAGACGAAUGUUUUUUCAACGUUUCCCAUGAAUCUUCGGUGUGUGGUCGUGUUACUGCUAACACACCAGAACGCCGCCAGUGCAAAUAUGAGCUGUAAGAGUCAGUAUAGUCUUCCUGAAAACUAUAACCCUGCUGACCACCCACCAGUUAAAAUGAGGAACCAUAACUGUUCAGAUAUGAGCGAAACCCAGCGAAAAAGGAGGUCUCGGAAUCGACUAUCGAACAGGAGGAGUACAGGAUAUGUUACAGGAGAUGUACUGGAGGAAGCUCUCAAAAUGGGUUCAAACCCUAAAAAAGAAGAUGCGGAAAGGCAGCAGUGAGAUUUUAUAUGAAUAUUUCGGACUAACUCCAUCUACUAAGUAGAUGUAAUAAUUGUGCCAUAAGAUACUAUGUAAAACGUUGACAUUCCACUUUCUAAACAUAUAAGGUAGCUUAUUUCGGGAAAUUCCUACCAUAUGUUCCGUUGAAUAUAUGUAUAUCCUGAUCGAGUAAGUAUUCUCCAAUAUAUAACUCACAAAAUUAUAGUUUCCGAAUAUCGCAACGAUAGCAAAAUGUUUUGAUAGUAGCAGUAUAUUUGUAUAUGACUCAUCUGGUACCGCUACACUGUACGUAUGAAAAAUAUAGAGUCCAUCUACUUAACAUUUAUUUUGAGCUGUUAGACAUGAGUAGCGUGUACGUUUUAGAAAUAUGCUGCUAUUAUACAGAAAACGAACGAACACAUCAACUUAACAGUACAUUCCUUUAUGCUUUAUGGUACUGAUUGUACGAGUGUUAUUUUUACUGUAAGGACCGAUUCCGCAACGAGCCGCGCGUCCUGUCACGCGACGUACGUUCAACCUCAGAUACUCUUGGCCAGUCUUCCACUACGCCGCCAUUACAUUUCUCGUCUCUGUCGGUUGGUUGGGAGAUUAUGGUGCUUUGCUUGUUGCCAUGUCACUCAGUACACCCGGCAAAACUCAGUCAUUCGUUUUUUUAACGCUUGAAACGCUGAAAGGUGCUGUGAAACAUUAUUGUAGCCUUGGUAUUCUAUUCAAAACGGCAGGGGCUUCUGUAUAGCGGCGUCCUUCUGCAUCACGGCAACGCGCGGCCUCACGAUGCCGCAAGAACGCUGUCGCAACUGGACAAGUUUCUUUGGGAAUCAUACAGCCCUGAUUUAAUACUCAGACAUUCAUCUUCUCCAAAAUUUAAGAAAUUUCUUAGCCUGGAAAAUGAUGACAUCUAAAAAGAAACAGUUACUAACUGUACAGGAUCCAAAAGCUGGUGCCACGAACUGACAAAUGUUUAUGGUGACUAUGUACUUUUACGUCCAUAAAUGAAGUUUCUCCUUUACGAAACGGUUCUUACUAAAAAAUAGCUCUCGUAUAUAGACAAUAGGGCGCUAUAAAUUUUGAAUUGUUUAAUGAGUAAGCUGUAAAAGAUGUAUUUCUCAGUUCCUUUAAUACAUUGUUUUAGUAAGAAAUACAUCACUACAACACCUAUGUAAAUUGCUGGUAUCUUCAGUAUAUUCAGUAUGAUAUUUGUUAUGAAAAGUAACACCGUACACUGAUACAUCGUUACCUCCUCUCUAACUUUAAGUAUUUUUAUUUUUAUUCUAUAAUUAUGUUGUAAACCAUAGAAGUGAUCAUUAAAUUAUCUAAACAGUCAUAUAGUGUAUUUUUACUAGUAUGAUACAACUAACGACAAACUAUCUCGCAAAUCGACGGCUACACAAUCGCCAUUCUCUUACUAUCGACAAAAUGGAGGGUUAUCUGGAAGCUAGCAGUAGAUGUCGUUAGUUGGGUUGGGUGUUAUAUCUAAGAUUAUGAAUAGAAAAAUGCCAACUGCUGAUCAGCUGUCAAUAAACGUGAUAAGGUGUCGCGGAAAACAGGGUACCUUUCUAACAAGUUUGUCUAUUCAACAUCUGCUUUGACAGUUUGAUCUCCAGCGCCACCUGACAGGACAGGAGCACUACUGGAAGUAAUUCAGUUUUCAAUUUGUAUAUGAAGUUAUAUGCAUUUGUAAUACAAUUAAAAACAGCAAAAAAAGAAUGUCGAGGUAUUGUACAAACAUGCAGAUAAUUUUUUUAAAUGUUUCUAUCGAUAACGCUUUCACCGACACUUUCAACUGAACCGGUGAGAUUUUCUUAUAUCUAGAGCGGUGUUUCCAAAACUUAUCCAUAGCGCGAUCGCUGUUUGUUAAAAAUAUUGUUCACGACCCCCUAUUUCAUUCAAACCAAAAACCGACAGAAAUAGCGUACCUGAUUUACAAGUAAUUGAUGGCCUUUACCAUUUUACUUUACUGUUUACGUUUGAAAGAGUUUGUUAAUUAUUUUAAUAAUUGCAAUAUA